CCCAUUUCCCACUCACAUAUUCCCAGAAUCUUCUUCUUCUCAUUUUUUCAUUUCUUGCCUCUCUGUUUCUACUAUUUGAUUCCUUCACCAACUUUGCUGAGAAUUUAAGCACUGAAAAAAUAGCACCGCCAUUAUAAAUCCUUCAUCAUCUCACAGCACAAAGGCAUGUGUUUGAAUGAUGCAGAAAUGGGAAACAUGGAGAACAAUAACAUCAAUACCAACAACAACAACAACAGCAAGCAGCAGUCUUUGCAUUGUGAAAACGAGAAGGAUAAUUUGGACAGGGAAUCUCCGGUGAUGAGCUCCGAUCAACAGAGCACCGUGUUGAAUUCGUUUCAGCUCGAAAGCAUAUCUGAGGAUUCAGUAGUUGUAGACCGAAAACAGAACAUGUUACACUUUGUCCCUGACCGAAGGUCAGGAGAGUGGUCUGAUAUCGGAGGUCGUCCCCAUAUGGAAGAUACUCAUAUAUGCAUCAGUGACUUGGCUAAGAAGUUUGGUUAUAAUGUACUCAAUGAUGAAGCUAUCUCCUUCUAUGGUGUAUUUGAUGGUCAUGGGGGAAAGGAUGCAGCGCAAUUUGUUCGUGACAACUUGCCAAGAGUCAUUGUUGAGGAUUCUGACUUCCCUGUAGAGCUUGAAAAGGUGAUAACAAGGUCAUUUGUUGAGACAGAUGCUGCAUUUGCAAAAACUUGCUCACUUCGGUCUUCCCUUGCUUCUGGCACAACUGCACUCACUGCAAUGAUAUUUGGGAGGUCUUUGCUUGUGGCGAAUGCUGGGGAUUGCAGGGCUAUAUUGUCGCGAAAUGGAGCAGCUAUAGAAAUGUCAAAAGAUCAUAGACCCUGCUGCACAAAAGAAAGGACGCGAAUUGAGUCUUUGGGUGGAUAUGUUGAUGAUGGUUAUCUGAAUGGUCAGUUAGGGGUCACCCGUGCAUUAGGUGAUUGGCAUCUUGAAGGAUUGAAGGAUGAGGGUGAAAGGGGAGGACCCUUGAGUGCUGAACCGGAACUUAAAUUGAUAACACUGACCAAAGAUGAUGAAUUUUUGAUCAUUGGUAGUGAUGGAAUAUGGGAUGUGUUCACCAACCAAAAUGCUGUAGACUUUGCUCGAAGGAAACUCCAAGAGCGCAAUGAUGUGAAGCUGUGUUGCAAGCAAAUAGUAGAGGAGGCAAUAAAACGAGGCGCAACCGACAAUUUGACACUUGUUAUGGUGAGUUUCCACUUGGAGCCACCUCCACAUCUGGUGGUAGAAAGGUCCAGAGUCAGACGUAGUAUUUCUGCUGAGGGACUACAAAAUCUUCAGUUCUUCUUAGAUCAAUAGAUGAACUAGUGUGUUUCAUUUGUUGAUGUUUCUGGUGGUGGGCAAAGGUUAGAAUUGAUCAAUAAGAAGUUCAGCUCCUGUAUAUAUAUCCAGAAUGGGACUGUGGCCUUGCUUCCUCUAUUUCUGGUGCUUCAGUUGGUUCUACAGAAGAUGAGAAGGAUACAGAAGACAUUCGUAUUACCAAGUUUUGAGAUAACAAUUUGUACACUAUUAGAAUAUAAUGGAGAUAAACUUUGAGGGAAGGAAUUGUUUUACAUAUCAGAGGUGGCUAAGGCAGUUCUGAGUUGCUUAUAAAUUGUUCUGUAACUGUACUUUUAGCUUUUGAAUUAUGUAUAUACUUUUUUUCUCUUUCCAAACA